AUUUGACAAACGUCGCCUACUUCCGAGGCGGUCCGCUUUUUCCUAUUAACUCGAGUGUUGUGUGGUCGUAAUAGGGUUUUCCUCUGGUUUUUUUUUGCAGAUCCAAGAGAAACCAUGGCGAGAAGCAAUCUUGGCCGUCUAUUUUCAACAUUCUUCUUAAAUCCCUACAACCCCAAAUUAGCAAUGCCCUACACCAGAUCCAUGCCAGUGAGUCGUUCCGUUUGCAACUCGAUAAGUCGAUUCAUAAGCUCAUCGGGUCACCAACAGCAACAAAAAUCUGAAGAAGGCCUCAAAAGGAAAGAAGAAAUAGAAAACGCAAUCAAACAGAAUCCUGAAAUCAAAAGCGGAGAGAUUGAAGAAGAAGAAGAAGAAGAAGAAGAAGAUGAGGAUGGAGUUCAUGUGAAUAAAGAGACCGGCGAGAUCGGCGGGCCCAGAGGACCCGAGCCAACUCGAUACGGCGAUUGGGAGCGAAACGGUCGCUGCUCUGAUUUUUGAGUCUGUUUGAGAUGAGAGUUGUUCCUUGUCUACCUUUUGUUUGAUAUUAUGAAAUGAUAAAUUAGGGUUUUAUGAUGAGAAAGAAAUAAUUAUUUGUGGGUUUUUCA